UCAUGUAUGAGGUUGAUAAUGGUCGUGAGAGACAUGUGGUUGACUUGGCUAAGAAAGCAUGCAGCUGUAGGAUUUGGGAUUUGACAGGACUUCCUUGCAAACAUGGGAUCUCUGCUAUUGUUAAGAACCUGGAGAAAGUGGAGGACUAUGUGCAUCCUUGUUACUUAAAAGAGACAUUUGCUGAAACAUACAAAGAGAUAAUACAGCCAAUGCUUGGCCAGUCUGAGUGGGUUAAGACUAACCAACCUGCUCCUGUUGCUCCUCAUGUGUAUAAACCACCUGGCAGACCACCAAAGCAAAGAAAAAGAGAUCCUGAAGAGCCAAGGAACCCUUAUAGAGUUUCUAGGAUGAACAAGACAAUCAAGUGUGGGAAGUGCAAGAAAGAAGGACAUAAUGCAAGAGGGUGCAAGGCAGGCAUCACUGGUGAAACUCCAUGGCAGAGAAGAGAUAGACUUGCUAAAUCAACAGCUGCACAAGGCAGUAAAUCUACAAAAACAAAGCAGACUGCAACACCUCAAACUGCAUCUCAGCCACCAAGUACUAGAUCUCAGAGUGCAUACAGAGCUUUUGGUCAAACUGCAUCUCAACCUGCACCAAACAAUAGAUCUGAGGCUGCAACUCAACCUGCAACUAGAUCUAAGGCUAACUGGUUCUCUUCAUCCUCACAACCAAGCUUCCAUACCCCUAGAGAGACAUGGGAUUCUUUACCAUCUCAGGCACCUCUGGCUUGUUCUAUUUUGUUUAUUUUUUUCCUCUUACUUACUAUUGUUGGAUCAUCUUGCUAA